AUGAACAGCGACGACAACAUCAAUGGAGAGGAGCUCAGUGAUUUGCUAGAGAAUUUCGAGGUGUGCGUGCCGAAGCAGAAGAUUGACACUGACGGGGACGCCCAGGUGGAUGCCGAUGAGUUCGGCGCCCUGUAUGCGGUGGUGAUGGAAGACGGCGGAUCCGACAAGGGGGACGACGGUAAAGAGGACGUGCGGGAGACAGGAGUACCGGAUUAUGAUCGUCAGGGUCUACUUAGGGGGGCGAUGGUAGGGUCAACUUGGAUGACAGAUGAUGAAAUGCGCCGGGUUCUUCAAGACUGCUGCCGGAGGGGUUUAUGGAGAGGACUAAGAGCAGUUGUUACGUGA